AUGGUUGGCAAAUACAAGCUGCCUAAAAUAAAGGAGCUGCGAGAGCACGCCCACCCUCCAGCCGGCGGCGGGGGCGGAGAAGGGACCCGGGAGGAAGGGCGCGGCCCCCUCCGCCGGCUGCCGGCGACCGCGCGACCCGCCAGCCGCCUGCGGCCCCAGCUGGCCCCAGCUGAUUCGGGCGGCGGCGCGGGGUCCCGGCCGGCCCGCCGCAGCCCGGGACGCCCGACGGCCGCCCAACAGUCCCACCCCGCCCUCCGCCAACCCGGCGGGGCCACACGCUCGUUCCUGGGGCCAGCCACCGAGCUGCAGGGCAGGGUGGCCGGCAGUCACCCGGGGGGGCAGACACAAAGCCAACGAGGCCCCCCGCCCGUGCCUAGUGCCGGGCAGCCAGGACAGCGGCCCUUUUUAAAGACGACCCCCGCCCGUUGCCCAGCAGAGCUCGGACUUCACUUCGACGCCGGGGGCGCGGCGAGGCUGCAGAAGAGCAGGCCUCCCGACGACCGCGGCGGCGCGGAACCCCGGCGCGCCCCCGACACUGCGGCGGGGACGCGGCCCGUGGGGGCGGGGCAGCCGGGGCGGGGGAGGUUGCCGGCCAAACUGCCCGCGGAAGGGCCUCCCAGGCUGCGCCGCGGAUACUGGCCGGGCGAGAGACUGCGGCAGGAGGGCGCGGGCGCCGAGCGGAGGGGUCGCGGCUGUUGCGGGCGCGCCGGUCGCCCCGGCUGCGCGGCGGGGGCGGGCCGACGGCGGCCGCCGCGCCUGGGCCUCACAAAGAGGAAACAGCCCAGCCCGUCUACCCGCAGCCCCGGCGCCGGGACCCGCCCAGAGGGGUCGAAGGCGGCCGCGCUGGGACCCCAGGGGGAGCGCGGCGAGAAAGAGGCACUUCCUGCCAGGGUCCCCCGCCCCAGGCCGAUUCCCGAGUGCUUCGAAGCCGUCGACCUGGAGGGCUCCUCAGCCUCCACCGGGCUCCGAGCCCGGCCCCCGCCAACCGCACUCACCCCGAGCGGCUGUGAGAUCCGCGGCCGCCGGCGGUUCUUCGCUCCUCAACUGGGAUGAAGCCCCUCGGCCACCCGAGUCUCCAGCAUCACCUUCAUUCCUCCCACCCCCAUCCUGUUGCCUGGAAUGUGGAUGCCGCCUGGACCACAGGACCAGGACUUUGCCCGAAGGAUGGAGGAGCAGACGGCUGGAAGGAACGUGGACCCCAAACACUGCAUAGAGUAGAACUGCCAUACGAGCCUGGGACUGCAUGAUUUGGGUUUUGUUUUGUUUUGUUUUGUUUUGGUGAGGGGAGGGGAGGGACACUGCAUGUUUUUUACUUUAACCUGAAUUUAUGAGAACUUUGGGUAAUUUAAACAGACCAGCUCCUUUAGGCAGAAACAUAUAUGUAAGUCCAGUCACAACUUGGUAGUUAAAAUAUCAAUGUUAAUUAAAAUAUUAAUAACUUUCUCUUGAGUUGCA